AUGACCGACCUGACGCCCGCUCUCGACACAAUCCUGUCGAGCAAACAUGGCCGCUCGAUCCCACCGCCAGCCACUCGAACUCCCUGUACCGAGGUCGCGGACGAGUUUCUCAAGGAAGCUUAUCGCAUAAACUCUCAUAUAGCUUCCCUCCUCAAAUACCUUCAUUCAAUACGCCACGCCUACCUGUCCACAGCAGCAGCAUCAGCUUCUUCACGUCGACACCCGAACAAAGAUCACCAUGCCCAUAUAAGUCCAAGAUCUCACUAUUCUACCUCCUACUUUUCUCCUACCAGAACCCCGAACCCCUCAGCGCAUCACACACACCUCACCGAACCCGAGCGCGAUCAAAUCGACUCUUCAACCGCUCUUCUCCUCCGCGACCUCGCAACCUCGAUUGCGAACCUCUCCUCCGCGGAAACCCUCCGCCAAGAGACCUCUGCCUCGAUUUUGCGCAAGAAAUACGGCCACAGUGCCGCAGGUGCAUUACUCUGGCGCUGGGCAGGCGGAGGCAGCGCACUCGAUGAAUCUAGCGCGCAGGAGGGUAAAUCCGCCGAGCAGGUGGAUGCGGAAGAGCGCGCAAAGACACUGGCGGGUGUACGGGAGGGGGUUCUGUGGUUUUUGAGAAGAGGCUUGGAUCGGGUCGCAGGAGUGCAGAGGGAGAUGGUGGAGAAGAGGAUUGAGAGGGCGAGGGAAAAGGAGAAGAGUGUUUUGUAUAAGAAUGCUUCUGCCGCCGCCGCUGCUGCUGCUGCUGGCAAUGGUAGUACUUGUCAUACCUCUGAUCCGUCUUCUUCUCCGACAAGCGGGCCAGCAGGAUCAUCGGCGCGUCAGUCGGCAUAUCAAUCUUUGGAUCCGUCUAUACCAGCACCCGAUGCGACGACUCUAAGUGAAGCCGAAACAGCACGGAUCGAGGCUCAAUUAUCUCCGGAACAAUUGCAACUGUUUGCCGAGGAGAAUGAUACCAUGCUGAAGCACUACGAGGAUACUUUGGGGAAAAUCCAAAACGCGGAGAAAUCGCUAUUGGAAAUCUCAUCGCUACAAGAAACCCUUGUCUCGCAUCUCGCUACACAAGAAGAGUACAUCUCCCAGUUGGUCAGCGAUGUAGACACCACGCAGAGCAAUGUCGGUCGUGGUAACAAGGAAUUGAAGCGCGCGACUGAGCGUCGCAGUACUGCGCAAGCCGUCUUUUGGGGCACCGUGGGGUUGUGUACGUGGUUGGUGGUGUGGGAUCUAGUUUUCUGA